UCACCGGCUGUCACCGGUAAAGUGGCAAUACUAACGUCAAAUCAAAUUCAUUUUAAUUGUUUUUUGAACCAUAGGAUCUUGGUCAAUAACGUGAACUUUAUUUAGAUACAAACCGACAGAAAUCAACGCAAACUGUAUAACUGUGCUGCGAAUACUCCAACACCACUUACUUUAGUAAGAUCUAAGAUCCUGAGCGUGUGGCAAUAGUUAUUUAUGGCAACCAAACCUUAAACAAAAAUAACAAUGUAUAAACAAAUGUUGCAAACGUGGAUCUUUUGCAUACUAGUGUGCGUAAUUAUACCAAGUCGCAGUGUUUGUGCCCCAUCAGAGAACAAGACAACCCAGAAUACAUUAUAUGAGGCUGUGGUCAGCAAGUGUCCCAGUUUAGGAGUAACUGAUCUAUAUAAGAACUGGAAAGAUUUGUUUGAUAAUCAGUGCUCAAAUUUUACGGCUAUCAAUGCUACAACAGAACUCACAAAGAAGGAACUUCCCUAUGUCAGAUGCAAAGUUUUAUACGAAAGUAUUAUGGAAUUCUGUUCGUCAAACUUAGAAAGCCUUGAAGUAGUGAAGUUGAAAGGAUUCAUAUCCCUCUCUAACGACAUGAAGUGUGAUUUAUCAGAAGUAUGCAAUGAUGAAACAGGAUUACCUGCCCUAGAAAGCACUCCAAAUAAUGUUUCACACUUAAUGAAAAAAUUUAAUUGUGUGUUAAUAUGCAGCAUUGUUGGAAGCAAUGGACCUGAAGUUACAGAUAUUUGUAAGCUUGCAUAUUUUUUCAAGUCAAUUGAUGUGAAAGAAUUAAAUAGUAAUCGAAUGCAGUUGCAUGGAAACAUUAGGUCCUCUCCAGCACCACAACACAAAAACGAAACACUUCCCGGACCAAUAAAAGUGAUCGCAUUUAAACCGUUGAACCAAAGUGUACGCGGUCCCGUAGAUAGUGAAAUACCAAAAUUGCCUGAGGCGAAUAAAGACAAUGUUGUUAAAGCACAGGAAUCUCCCAUAGUUAAUAAAUCAAACAUUGAUGUAAAACCUGUACCUAAACCAGAAGAGAAUGCACCUGCUGUUCAACCGCAGCUCAUUGUGCCUAAUUCGUUAGAAAAUGCAGCUGAUGAUGAAAACCAGAAUGUGAAAAGUGAAGAUAAUUCUGUUGGAGACCCAGGUGAACAGAAUAUGAAUAUUCAAAAUAAUGAUGUCGGAGUAGCAGUCGAUGUUAGUGAUGAAGUAGCACCAGGUGAUAGUGAUACUAAAGAUGAUGACAAAGACCAAGGUGAGCAGCCAGAUGAAAAUGGUUUUCCUGCAGAAUCUGAUGUUGAUUUAGGAAAAGCAAAAUCCACGUUAAAACAGUCAUCUACUAUAUCAUCUAAAGGAAAGCCUAACACUCUCGAUGAUGAGCUUAUAAUCAAUAUGAACCCUGUAGAAGACGGCAUGGAUGGAGAUUCCUAUUUCUUCUCUUAUUUCUCUGUGACUAUGUGCCUGGUUAUAGUUGGAUAUGUAGGAUAUCACAAUAGACAUAAGAUUCUUGCUCUUCUUCUCGAAGGAAAAAGAGGCAAAAGAAAUGGAAGAUCUGGUAGAAGACCAAAUUCUGCCAACUACCACAAACUUGACACUAACCUUGAAGAAGCAAUUUCUUCGUCAUGUACUAAAAAUCCUCCUAGUAAUAUAAUUUAUUGAUCCACCAGAUCAAAAUAUUAUGGCUGAAUUAAUAUUUAUGUCCAUUUGUAUCAUGUUCAGGUCAGUUUAACUCUUUGUUCAGAUUGAAUGCUACACGCAAAAUGUUUCUUACGAAUAGCCGUAUCAUUUUGCUAUGGUCGGAUAUUUAAACUUCAAGAUAAGAAGAAAAAUUCUACUGCUCAAAAUUGUAGAGGUGAGUAUUUUAUUUUUCCAUCCUAGAUAAUCUGAUUUUUGUGAUAUUAAGUCGAAAUCAUAUCACCCACAGAAGGCUUUUUCAAGUAUUACCAUUAUCAAUUUGAUAUAUUUCUGCACAGUGCACAGCACAUAGCGACUUACUAAUGAUAAGCAGCAAUAAAGAAAGUUGAUUUUCAAAUAUAUUUCGAUCACAUAAUUCAAGUUUUUGCGCUUGAUUACAGUUCUAUAGAAUGCUUUUUUUGGUUGUUGUAUAUGAUGCUCCUCUUUGUGAUAUAUCUGUUGAAUUUAAGUUUAAAAUUAUAGGAAUACAAAUAUU